GCUUCCCAGCAUUCCAAGUGAAUUCUCGCAGGUGAGGUUGCACACUAAAUCCUAUUCUCAGAUGACUUGACCACAGCUAUUCUCCAAAGAAGUUCAGAAAAACAAACACAUUUUUUUUUUUCUAACUAAAGGAGUGAUCCUCUAUGCAAAGAGAAUGGGAGGGUGGGAUCAUUUACUAACCAGAAUGGAUGCUCAUUAGACAAAGCAGGAAAAGGACAGGAAACAACCAGAACAACUACAACAGAGAUUAUUAGCAAGUCUAACAUUCUUACCCAGGAUUCUCGGUUCCUCUGCCCUUUGUUGUAACUUGUCAAGACAACACUGCCUGCAGCAGCAGCAGCAUGUUGCAGACAGUGCAGGAGUGGCUGUGGUGGGAGCGGCUGUGGUUACCAGUGAACGUGUCCUGGUCAGACCUAGAGGACACAGAGAACAGAGUGUACGCCAAAGCGUCUCAGCUCUACCACAUAUUCCCAUUCGCCCUGGGCCUACUGCUACUGCGAUACCUGUUUGAGAGGUUCGUGGCUGCACCAUUGGCUGACGCUUGGGGAGUGAGAGACAAAGCACGUGUCCCAGCUGAGCCUCACCCUGUACUGGAGGAGUACUACUGCACCAGGACCAGGCUCCCCUCACAGACAGAGGUGCUGUCUUUGUGUAAGAAGAGCAGCUGGUCUGAGAGGAAGAUCCAGCUGUGGUUCAGGAGGAGGAGGAACCAGGACCGACCCGGGCUGCGCAAGAGGUUCUGUGAGGCCAGCUGGAGAUGUGCCUUUUAUUUCUGUGCUUUCUUUGGAGGUGUGGUCGCUCUCUAUGAUAAACCGUGGGUGUAUGACCUGAGGGAGGUGUGGGCUGGCUUUCCCAAACAGUCCCUGCUGCCCUCACAGUACUGGUAUUAUUACUCUGAGAUGGGCUUUUACCUCUCCCUGCUCCUCAGCCUCACCUUUGAUGUCAAAAGAAAAGACUUUAACGAGCAGGUGAUCCACCACAUAGCCACACUGACCCUCCUCAGCUUCUCCUGGAUCUCCAACUACAUCCGCAUCGGGACUCUGGUGAUGGCCGUGCACGACUCUGCCGACAUCCUGCUGGAGGGUGCAAAAGUGAUCAACUACGCCAAAUGGAACAAGGCGGCUAACAUCAUAUUUGUGGUGUUCACGGCUUUGUUCAUGCUAACUCGACUCGUCAUCUUUCCCUUUUGGUUGAUCCACUGUACCUGGGUGUACCCUCUGGAGCUGUACCCUCCCUUUUUCGGGUACUACUUCUUUAACAUCAUGUUAGUGGUACUGCAGGGGCUGCACAUAUACUGGGCUGUGCUCAUCUCACGUAUGCUCUUCAAGUCACUAUUCAGCACGUUGGAAGGUGAUGACCGAAGCGAUGCAGAGGAGGAGGAUGACAGCGAUCCGUCCAAAGAGAUGAAGCACAAACCCAGGCACAUAAACGGCUCCGGGCCCCGAGGCCGAGCCACCGGACACUGACCCCACAUGGACCACUGCACACGUCCUUUACAUAAGACUGAAAACUCUGGACUGUCACAUCAUGUAAUAUAACCACUACAUUUGAAGGAAGCUGAUAGCAAACUAUUUUAAAGGUGCCAUAUGACGCUACCUGAUGUUUAACUGUGUUUGAAGGUUGUGCCUCAUCAAAAACAAUAGUUAUAUUUGUGUAUAUUUGAAUGAUCUUGCAAAUUUAGGUGUGCAUUUUGGGAGCCAUUUUGCCACUGGUCUACUACACUACCUCCCCCAACCUCUAUCUGGACUUAGCCCAAUCAUUCCACCACUCAAACUACCUUCGCUACUACUAAUUUCAUAUAAGCAGCUAUUGUUUUAGCAUUCUUUUAACUGUCUCACACUCCCCACUGUUUGCAGCAGAUGACGCAGGGACUAUACGACGAUUUUUAUGCACUGCAAUCAUGGCUGAAUACACUUAUCAUUUCAAGUUACAGAAUGUGAAGUAUGCGGAUGUCUUCAAAAGUAUUGAAGAGAGAGAUUUAGAGUCAUGAAUAAAUAGAUUUUGUCUCAAAGGUGUCAGCUGUUGUAGUGGUU